AUGACAAAGGAUAACUUGAACUCUGUGAAGCGGAUACCAGAAGAAGAAGAAGAAGAAGAAGAAGAAGAAGGAAUUUCGAUCCCUUUUAAGUUCAUUCACCAAACUCUCCGAUCUCUCUUACUCAAGCUCUUCGGUCUCCGAUCUCCUUCUCAUCAUAAUAUUCAGGAAGAGGAGGAGGAAGAUGAAGAAGAAGUUGAGAUUGUGGAAGUGUCAUCAAGGGGACUUCCAGCGAAACCAAAACAACUGAAUAAGUCGAGAGCCAGUUCCGGCAAGCCUGGAGGUAUCAACUAGAAGCCUUUCUAG